UGCUAAUAUAGAAAAAAAAUUUCAUGGCCCCACAUUUCACCCCAUAAUAAAUAAAUCCUUGCUCUUUCCAUUCCAUCCUUCCUUUCCAUAGCUUUCAUAUUGCAUAACUCACUAUGUUGCUGCUGUUGAAAAUUCUAAUACUCAGUCUCGUCACAUUGGCCUCGGCCUCGGCCUCGAUUCAUGACCUGCUGAGGAGCCGGGGCCUCCCGGCCGGGCUUUUCCCGAAGAAUGGGGUGAAGUCGUACGAAUUGAGUGAAGAUGGAUUGCUGCAGGUGUUUUUGGAGAGCCCGUGCAUGGCGAGGAUGGGGACGAGGAUUUGGUUCGAGAGCGUGGUGAGGGCGAACCUCAGCUACGGAGGGUUGAUGGGAGUUGAGGGGCUGUCUCAAGAAGAGCUGUUUUUAUGGCUUCCGGUGAAGGACAUCAUCGUGUAUGAUCCUUCCUCCGGCCUUAUCUUGUUCGACAUCGGCCUCGCUCAUAAGCAGAUGUCUCUUUCUCUGUUUGAAGAACCUCCUCUUUGCUAUCCCACUUGCACGCAGAGAAGCUGCUCCGUACCCAAAGUCAAUGAUCGAUCUUAUCUCCGUUUGGUUAAGGAUGAAUGAGUCUCUCCUAGUCAACUUCGAGACUGUUUCCUAAUAUACAUCUUUGUAGAAUUGUAAAAACAUGGAUGCUAACUGCAGAUUUUUUGAGAUGAAUGAAGAGAUUGUGGCUCUGAUUUUGUUCUA